AUGGCGGAGGAGGAGCAGCAGCAGGAGGUCCAGCAGGAGGAGCAGCCGCUUCUGAUAGGGAGGCGGUGUUUCGUGUCCAACCUGGCCUGGCGCACGAGCUGGCAGGACCUGAAGGACAAGUUCCGGGAGUGCGGUAACGUGGUCUACGCCAACGUCACGCGUGGCGAGGACGGGCGUUCCAAGGGAUGGGGCAUCGUGGAGUUUGAGACGCCAGACGAGGUGGGCCUCCUUGAACAGUGCACGGAGAGCUCCGCAGGCGGCUACGACAGCAUACCACCACACUGCUUGCGCCCAGGCAUGACUGCAUGCGCAGCACCCGCGCCUUGA